AUGGCUAGCAACUACGAGAACACAUCAAGCAGCACGCCGGGCCUAACGGUGGGUCCCCAGCGGAACCAAUCGAUAGCCCCUGACUGUCGGUCUGCUUUCAACGAUAAAGCAGUAGUUGUGGGCUUAUACGGAGUUCCCGGAUCCGGUAAGACCUUUCUACUGAACCAGCUGAAGCAAGAAUUCGGGCAAGAGCAUUUCGAGUUCUACGAUGGCGCGAAGAUGAUUGCUAAUCUUGUCCCCGGCGGACUCGACGCAUUCCAGAAACUGGAAGAGCAAGAGAAGGUGCAUUGGCGCCAGCUUGCUAUCGACACGAUCGGAAAGGAAUGCGCCGACAGCGGGCGAGUCGCAGUCGUGGCUGGACACUUCAUGUUCUGGCCCGAGGAGACGGAAGCUGGACAGCCAGUGUAUACUAGGAACGACUUGGACACAUUCACGCACAUCCUCUACUUGGAUGUUCCUGCCGAACUUGUCGCGCAGCGUUGUUUGAACGACACAGAGAGGAGUCGUGCGUCUGCGUCCAUCAACCAUCUACGCAGGUGGCAGCAGGCCGAAAAGACCCAGCUGCGCCAUCUCUGCUACCAUCAUGGCAUUUUGUUCUCGCUCGUAUCCCCGCAUCCGACGUUGCUGAACAAAGUCUCGACGCUGCUACGCGAUUUCCGACAUCAUACCGAGGAGUAUAACCUGUCUCGCGCCGAAAGCAGGAUGGAAGAGGUCCUUUUAGCAGGCCAAGGACAGCUGGAGACAGUGUUGGUCAUGGACGCCGACAGGACCUUAGCUGUAAAGGACAGUGGUGCGUUGUUCUGGAAGAUGGUCUCUAACUCUCGGCAGUCGGGGGACGAAGAACGUUGGUUGAAGACGUUAUUCAGCAGCCCGUUGGGUUAUUCGUACACUGCCUUUCGCCAGGCCGCUUUGCUCUAUGAAGAGGUGGCCAACGAUCAGGAGUUUAAUGCCUUUUGCGAAAACGUAGCGUCAGCGGUGGCUAUGUAUCCCGAGUUUGUGUCGCUAUUGCAGCUGGUAGCAGGACAAGAACAUGUUGGCGCAAUAGUUGUUACCUGUGGGCUGCGCGGUGUUUGGGACAAAGUCCUGGAGAGAGAAGGUCUGUCCAAGACGGUGAAAGUCAUCGGCGGAGGACGUAUCGCAGACGGGUUCGUUGUUACUGCUGCAGUGAAAGCCGCCAUGGUUGCCCGUUUAAGAGACAUCCACCACAUGUACGUUUGGGCGUUUGGAGAUAGUGUGCUGGACCUGCAAAUGUUAAGGAAGGCAGAUCAAGCUAUUGUUGUGGUCGGCGAGGAGCAGACCAGGAGUAAGACCAUGGACGCAGCAUUAUUAAACGCCAUCGACAAUGGCGGUCUUUCAGCACAACAAGUUUUGCUGCCCAGCAAUGUGUCACCACGUCUAGACACCACCAAGCUUCCCCUAAUCCAGCUCACGGACCCCGAGUUCAUCGAUUAUAUUAUCCGCCGUAGCAGUCAGCAUCCUCUCCAAGUACUCCAUGCAACAGACAGAAAUGCCGCCAAGCUACUCAUGACGCCGAUGCGCGAUGCAACGGUUGCCGGCCCGGUCCUGCGGGAAGCCCAUCGCCGUGUCGGAUGGUAUCUGGCGACGGAAUUCUUGGCAGAAAUGAUUGGGGUGGAGGAGUAUCCAAUUCCGCACGUACAGGGCUAUCAGACCAGUGGAUAUCGACUUUGCCGCGAGAAGAAGACAUCAAUUGUGGCGCUAAUGCGUGGCGGAGAAGCCAUGGCUUUCGGCGUUAAUGAAGCCUUCCCGAGCGCGAUGUUCGUCCACGCCAAACGUCCCGAGGACAUCGAGCCCCACCAUCUGUUGCAACAACGCACCGUUGUGUUAGUCGAUUCGGUGGUGAACAGCGGCAAGACAGUAGUGAACUUUGUGCAACACAUCCACAGUCUGCACGCCACUAUUCACAUUGUGGUCGUUGCCGGCGUUGUCCAAGCCCAGUCAGUUUCUGAGGGCAGCCUAGCCCAGGCGCUCGCCUGUCACGCAAAUUUCAGCCUUAUUACACUUCGCCUCUCUGACAACAAGUUCACCGGCAGAGGCACUACAGACACCGGUAACCGUCUCUUCAACACGACGCAUCUACCAUGA